AUGGCUGGCUUCCCGGGCAUGGCGCUAUUCCUGGGGGUCCUGCUGGUGGCACUGGGGGCUGUGGGGUGGGCAGUCGGAGGCUCUGGGUUCCAGGCCUGUCAGGGAGCCCGACCCUUGCCCGUCCUGGAAGUGUUGCCCGGGGGCGGCUGGGACAACCUCCGCAACACGGAGAUGGGGACCGUGAUGAGCCUCAACUACUCUCAGUGCCGGACCACUGAAGACGGCGAGUACCUCAUCCCCGACCAGGUGGACGUGGUGCCGCGGAGGGCGAGCGCCGUGGAGACGCACUCGGCGCUGAUCGAGGACUGGCUGGCCUACGUCGACGCCUUCUCGGCCGCCAUCAACGCCGACGUCUCCUUCCUCUCCGUGCUCAACGGCAAGUUCUCGGCCGGCUGCCAGGAGACCAAGACCCACAACGUGUACGACCAGACGGUUACCGCCCGCGUGCAGGUGAGGCAUCACAUCUACUCGGUGAAGCUUCAGCCGUCCUUCUCCUUCCACCCGGCCUUCCGCCGGCAGGUGCUGGACAUCGGCAGCCACCUGGAGAACAGCCAGAGCCAGGCGGCCGCAUACCUGGCCGAGCUGCUGGUAUUCAACUACGGCACCCACGUUCUCACCACGCUGGAGGCCGGGGCCAGCCUGCUCCAGGAGGACCAGGUGAAGCGCUCCUUCGUCCGGGACCAGGUCGACCAGAGGGCCGAAGUGACCGCCUCGGCCUCGGCCACCUUCUUCAGUCGGGUCGACGUGGGCGAAGGGGCUUCCGUGAGCCACGGGGACCAGCUGACGCAGGAGUAUACGAAGAAUACGGUGGAUUCCAGAAUCCAGAGCCACGGCAGCGUGCCCUUCUACCCGGGCAUCACGCUCCGGAAGUGGCAAGAGGGCAUCCCGAACCGACUGGUGGCAAUCGGGAAGUCCGGGCUGCCGCUGCCCUUCUUCAUCCAGCCCGAGGCGCUGCCCGAGCUCCCGGCUCCGACCGUGAGGCGGGUGGCCGCGGCCGUGCAGGACGCCAUCUGGCUCUACUAUUCCGUCAACACCCACCCGGGCUGCGUCCGACCCGCCGCCCCCAACUUCAACUUCCAGGCCAACGUGGAUGACGGCUCCUGCCGGGAACCCGCGACCAACUUCACCUUCGGGGGCGUCUUCCAGGAGUGCCGCCCGCUCUCCGGGGAGGACGGCGAACGGCUCUGCCUGGACUUCCGGACCCGGAAUCCGCUCACAGGGGCCUUCUCCUGCCCGCGGGGCUUCGAGCCCGUUCUGCUGCGCAGCGAGGAACGCACGGCCGCCGCACCCAGGACCGAGUGCCGCCAACAGUGCCAGAAGUGUUGGCUGGUCUUUCAGUGCUGCCGGACCCUCUGUGGUACCCUCUACUCUCCCAGCACGGUGCAGCUCAGGGCGUACUGGUGCGCUUCUGGUUCGGCUGGGGUUGCCCCGGGCCUCCUCUUCGGUGGGCUAUACAGCCCCGGUUCUGAGAACCCGCGGACCAAGUCACACAUCUGUCCUUCCUUCUUCUACCCUUUGACGCUCUUCCACGACCUGAAAGUGUGCGUCAGCAGCGACUACGAGAUGGGCGCCGCCUCCGCCGUCCCCUUUGGAGGCUUCUUCAGCUGCCAGGCGGGCAACCCCUUGGCCGGACCCCGCGAGGGGCAGAGCCCCGGACUCCUGCAGGAUGUCUUCCACCGAGGCCGGCCCGCCGACCACCCGAUGAAAUGCCCCGGUGGGUACAGCCAGCACAGGGCCUACCUCAGCGAUGGCUGUCAGAUCCUCUACUGCCUCCAGGCCGGGACGCUCUUCGCCCAAAGGUUGCCCACAGUCAAGCUGCCCCCUUUCCACCACCCGCCCCUCCUCAAUGCCAGCCUGGAGCAGACGGUCUUGGUGGAGUCUGACGGCAGCCAGGCCUGGGUGAGGCUGCAGGGCACCAACCGCUGGCGGCCCGCCAACGCCAGCUCCGUGACCGAGCUGACUCGGCUCUUGGAAGCGCGGCCCGCCUCCGGACCCAGCGGAGGGGCCGUUGCUGGCCUGACGGUGGCCGUGACCGUGGUCCUGGCAGUAGCCAUUAUGGGAGUGAUCUACCGGGUCAAGCGUUCCAAGAUCAGGGCCGGAUACCAGGAGGUGGACUGCGGCCGCCUGUCCGUAGAAGCCGAGCGGUAUGGGGCUACAGUGGACUCUCCAGGGGAUGGGAGCAGUCCUGCCUGA